AUGGGUAGAUCGUGGAUCCGGAACCUACACAUAAACAUUGUAGACCCGGAAGAAUCCAGAGUAACUAAUAUACCAGAAGUGCAGCAAGUUGAUGUCACCGACAUUGACAACAUCGUUUCUGAAUUUCAAAAUACCUUCCAACAAAGAAUCGGUUGCGUGCCAAAUUACGAGGUGUCGCUCAAGGUUCGUGAAGGUGCAACGCGGGUCUACGUGAAGGAGCGACAGGUGCCGCACACAUUAACAGAACGAGUCAACAAGGAAAUUGAUGAGUUAGAAAGAGCGGGCAUAAUUACAAAAAUUACAAACAGCGACUGGGGUUCUCCGCUCGUCGUAAUUCCAAAAGCAGACGGAGGAGUCCGCUUAUGCGUAGACUACAAGGUAGGGGUGAAUCAACGCUUGAUUAAUGCACACUACCCAAUUCGGAAAAUAGAUGAGAUUCUUAACAGUUUGCGGAAUUCGAAGUAUUUUUGUCGGCUCGAUCUGUACAAGGCAUACCUUCACAUUCCAGUUGAUAAACAGUCAAGCAUCAUUCAAACAAUUUCGACACAUCGGGGAACUUACCGGAUGAAUCGGCUUUCGUUUGGUAUUAAAACUGCCCCGGCCGAAUUCAAUCGAAUAGUUGACCAGAUAUUACGGGAUGUACCCAAAACUGAAUCAUAUUUCGAUGACAUCGUGAUACACGACGAGUCCAUACAAGAAUGUAAAAAUAACCUAAAAAAGUGCCUAAAGGGACUUGAUAACUUUGACCUUCAUUUAAAUCAUGCAAAAUGUAUAUUCUUUUCUACAAGUAUCGAGUUCUUGGGGUACGUUGUUCAGCACAAUAAAGUGUUGAAAUCACCGGCUAAGGUCGCCGCAAUUGUUGACAUGCCGGAACCACACUCAAUUGAAGAGGUACGUCGAUUCCUUGGCAUGGUCACAUAUUAUGGCAGGUUCAUACCGAACGUUUCAACCAUUACAACCCCGCUACGGAAACUAUUAAAAAAGGGCGAAAGGUUUCGAUGGUCAAGCGAAUGCCAAAAUGCGUUUAGUUUAUUAAAACAGGAAAUAUCCAGCGAUAGAGUCUUAACACUUUAUAAUCCAGAAAUCCCACUUCAACUUGCUUGUGACGCAAGUCCUACAGGUAUAGCAGCGGUCUUAUCGCACAUACAAAAUGGAGAAGAGAAACCUAUUUCAUUCGCGUCACGAUCGUUAACACCCGCAGAACAAAAUUAUUCGCAGCUGGACAGGGAAGCACUGGCGAUCUUUUUCGGGGUACGCCACUUCCACGAAUACCUGUACGGACAAACAUUUAAACUUGUAACGGAUAAUCAACCUUUAGUAAGGAUAUUUCAUCAGCACUCGAAAAUACCGCAAAUGACUUCAGCGCGACUGCAAAGAUAUGCCGCAUUUCUAUCCGGAUAUGACUACGAAAUCAUCCAUAAGCCCGCCACUGACAAUUGCAACGUGGACUGCUUAUCAAGAGCGACGGUGCUACUAAAUACAACGGAAAUAAACUUCAUCGACCAAGAAGUUCAUCAAAUAUGCAGCGCAACAGUGGAACGCAUUUCUUCGACUAAAUUGAACUUCAAAACAAUCCAGACUGAAACAAGUAAAGAUGAAGUCCUUUCGAAACUGUUACGAGAACUACAGCAUCACAAUCGCGAAGAUUCUGAAUUUACAAUUGAUCAAAAUGUAAUAUUUAGAGGACAACGGGCAGUAAUUCCGAAGACACUUCAACAAGCCGUUUUGCAAGAACUACAUUACACGCAUGUAGGCAUCACCAAGAUGAAACAACUUGCCAGGCGAUACGUUUAUUGGAAAUCGAUCGACAAGGAUAUCGAACAACAUGUACGAGCGUGCGCUGCUUGUAUUUCCCAUAAAAACAGUCCAAGUAAAGCCCCGUUACACCCGUGGGAAGAGCCCGUAGGCAAUUGGCACGAGUCCACAUUGAUUACGCAGGACCAUAUCAAGGUAACUUCUUCCUCGUAG